GGAAGCAAUGGCUCCACGCGGGGCUGCGCGCUCAACUGGCGUCCUUCCCUGCACGCGGCGCGGCGGCCCUUGCGCAUGCGCCGCGGCGGGUCCCGCUAUAUAAGGAAGGAGCACGCGGAGCCGCCAGCUGAGGGGAGACUAUGUCGCGUUACGGGCGCUACGAGACCAAGGUGUACGUGGGCAACCUGGGCACAGGUGCUGGGAAGGGUGAGCUGGAGAGAGCUUUCAGCUACUAUGGGCCGCUGCGCACUGUGUGGAUCGCCCGAAACCCACCUGGCUUCGCCUUUGUGGAGUUUGAAGACCCCCGAGAUGCUGAGGAUGCUGUUCUUGGAUUAGAUGGGAAGAUAAUCUGUGGCUCCAGAGUACGUGUAGAGCUGUCGACCGGCAUGCCUCGUCGCUCCCGCUAUGACAGACCUCCAGCCCGACGGCCGUUUGAUCCUAACGACAGGUGUUACGAAUGUGGGGAGAAGGGUCAUUAUGCGUAUGACUGUCAUCGUUACAGUCGUCGGAGGAGGAGCCGGUCACGGUCUAGAUCCCGUUCAAGAUCCAGAGGAAGAAGGUAUUCUCGCUCACGCAGCCGAAGUCGUGGCAGGAGAUCCAGGUCAGCUUCCUAUCGCAGAUCCCGGUCAUUCUCUCCUCGUAGAUAUAGGUCAGUCUCAACCCGCAUGUCCCGAUCUGAUUCUUUAAGAAGAUCAAGGUCUAGAUCCAGGUCAAGAUCAAGAUCUAGGUCUGCUCUGUGGCCACGAAGCAGUAGAUCAAAGUCCAGAUCACCGUCUCCAAAGAGAAGCCGUUCACCAUCAGGAAGUCCAUAAAGGAAUGCAAGUCCUGAAAGAAUGGAUUAAGAUUACAAAAUUAACCCUUUAGGAAGAAAAAUAUUUUGUUUACAUUAUUGUAAGGGAUUUUGUUAUGUCUUUGAUAUAAAUGUAAGGGCUUAGUCCUAGGAUAUUUCUACAUACUAACAAUUGGCAUGGAUCCAGAUCCCUUAAAUUUGCCAAAAGUCAUAUCAAUGAACAAAUAAACAGCUUUUUGGUUUAACA